CCCUUGCCAGCAGGAGGCGCCUGCUGGAUCUGGGGGCCACCCUGGAAUGAGCCCUCCUCCAGGGGAGGGGCGAGCAGGGGCACGCUGUGGCCCUCGCCCUCCUCAGCCUCUGCCUUCUCCCCUCCGCAGGACCCCUUCCAGGCGUUCCACAUCGACAAGGGCCUGGUGAGGAAGUACAUGAGCUCGCUCCUGAUUGGAGAGCUGUCUCCCGAGCAGCCCAGCUUCGAGCCCACCAAGAACAAAGAGCUGGUGGAUGAGUUCCGCGCACUGCGGGCGACGGUGGAGCGCAUGGGGCUCAUGCAGGCCAGCCGCAGCUUCUUCCUGCUGUACCUGCUGCACAUCCUGCUGAUGGACGUGGCCGCCUGGCUCACGCUCUGGCUCUUCGGCACGUCCCUUGUGCCCUUCAUCGUCUGCGCGGUGCUGCUGAGCACAGUUCAGGCCCAGGCUGGCUGGCUGCAGCACGACUUUGGACACCUGUCUGUCUUCAGGACCUCGACGUGGAACCACCUGCUGCAUCAUUUUGUGAUUGGCCACCUGAAGGGGGCCCCCGCCAGCUGGUGGAACCACAUGCACUUCCAGCACCACGCCAAGCCCAACUGCUUUCGCAAAGACCCAGACAUCAACAUGCAUCCUUUCUUCUUUGCCUUGGGCAAGAUCCUCUCUGUGGAGCUCGGGAAACAGAAAAAGAAGUACAUGCCCUACAACCACCAGCACAAAUACUUCUUCCUGAUCGGGCCCCCUGCCUUGCUGCCUCUCUACUUCCAGUGGUACAUUUUCUACUUUGUCUUCCAGCGGAAGAAGUGGGUGGACUUGGCCUGGAUGGUCACCUUCUACGCCCGCAUCUCCCUCACUUAUAUGCCGUUGCUGGGACUGAAGGGCUUCCUGGGCCUUUUCUUCAUGGUCAGGUUCCUGGAGAGCAACUGGUUUGUGUGGGUGACACAGAUGAACCACAUCCCCAUGCACAUUGAUCACGACCAGAACAGAGACUGGGUCUCCACCCAGCUUCAGGCCACCUGCAACGUCCACAAGUCCCCCUUCAACGACUGGUUCAGCGGACAUCUCAACUUCCAGAUCGAGCACCACCUGUUCCCGACGAUGCCGCGGCACAAUUACCACAAGGUGGCUCCCCUGGUGCAGUCCCUGUGUGCCAAGUACGGCAUCAAGUACCAGUCCAAGCCUCUGCUCUCUGCCUUUGCUGACAUCGUCCACUCUCUGAAGGAGUCAGGGCAGCUCUGGCUGGAGGCCUAUCUUCACCAGUAGCAGCCGCUCAGCUGCGAGGAGCCUCUGGAGCCCAAGCAGCGGGGAGCUGGAGGGGCGACAGCACUACAAUGCUAACACUGGGGGCGACUGACCCCAGCUCCCCGUCAUUGUCCUCCUGGUAUAGAAUUCAGAUCUUGAGGGGUGAGGGUACAUGCAUACUGCCUGGAAGAAGGGGUACUGCUGUGGGGCCGGGGUAUGGGUUCCCGUUUGGCAGGUGCAGGGGGUGGGUAAGUAGAGGGAGGCAGGGGCUCAGAAGUCAGGGAAAGAUCAGCACUAAAGCCACCCCAGGGUCCGGGCGAGCCACCCUCUCAGGCCACUUCUCCGUGCCUUCUCUGCCCUUGCAUGCAAGCAUCAGAGGCACGAUGAAGCAGCUUUGCGGGACACUUGGGAAGACAAGCAGGGUGCUCAGAAACCUGAGGCCGGGCCACCGACUGGCCUCCCCAUCCGGGGUGCGGGGCGCACUAGGACCUCGUCUUGCCAAAACAAGUUGCUGACAAUUAACUCCCUUAAGCUUCUGAGUCACUACAACAGCAGCUCCCAGGAAGGGGAGGCCACUCCCUGCUCUCCAAGCAGGCGGGCGACUCAGUCCUCUCCCUGGAGACAGAUGAUGCAGUGCCCCCUGCUCCCCGGCCUGUAAUGCGACUUUAAUAAAACCAGCGAGCACAGGGACCGCGAGGCACACAGGUGCCCCGGCCACAAAGCACAUCAGGGAGAAACACCCACAGCCGCCACGGCGGGGACAGCACCUCCCGGGAGCAGGAGCCGGGGUCUGCUCAGAGCCAGCUGCACAUCUCAGUGAGAAGGCGCAUCAAGCUGAAGCCCUGCGUGGCCACUGUCUGCAGGCAGCUUGGCGUCUGUGGGAGGCCAGGUGGGAACUGCGGGUGAGCUCCUACAGAGCCUGUCAGGCUAAUAAGGAAAUGCAGCUUUUUUAAUUCUGGUGUUUAAAAAGCAAAACGGCUUAACCUACCUCUGGGGAGCAGCAAUAGGAACGCACCCAGGAAUGGCUCUGGCCCGGGGCUGCCUGCGCCCUCCCUGCCCACAGCCUCCAGCCCGGGAGAUUAUUUCCUCAUCGUCUUCACCUGCUCAGCAGCCUCUGCUCGUGGCACUACUAACACUUCAGACCCUGGAGAACUUCAGACUUCUAAAAGGAAAAAGCAGCGGCCUUGGGCAAGUUGAUCUUUUGUUUCAGACAGCAGACUGGGAUGGAGGCCUGCGGGGCUGUAGCGGUGCCGCCUGUGGGGUGCCGCCUGUGGGAAGCCAUGAUUUCCCGGUGCGUCAGAGUGGCGGUUAGAGCAGGAGGCGGAGACCUGGCUGAGUUCACAUCUGUUUGGGCAGAACCUGAUUUAAACAAGCUGGGUAGAAAAACUGGAAGCUGGACGGAGGCGGCCCGCUGUCAGGCUCCGUCCCUCCAGAAUAGGUGCGGCCCCUUCCCCAUCCCUGUUCCCUGUGGAGUCACCAGCUGUCAAGCCGCCUGGCUCAGGGCCCAGGUUGCUUACUGAGCCAAGUCCAAAUGUCUA